AUAAUAACUGAUCGGAAGAGCUGGAUACUUCGCGAGAAGCCUAACCUCUUCGUAUUAAUUCGGUAUCUACUAUCCGGUACUCUGCUACCCCGGCUGUAUAUUUAUAUUCCGCUUAGCACAAUACUACUUAUAUUGCUAGUCGAACUUUUCCUUUUUAUCUUUAGGAACGGUGUCUUCCCCCUACGUCCCUAUUCUCGUGCCUCUAUUAGAUAUAAUCGGAGCAAAGAGGUAACACCGCUGAAAGUAAGGAUUGUACUUAUAAGGCCCCUAUAUAUCGAGGUAGGCCAAUAUAUAAGCCUCUGGAUACCCGCGGAUAUCCUAGAGCUUUUUGUUCAACCUCGAAGAGGACUCACUAAGACUAUUUACUAUCGUACAGCCCUAGAUAGCUAUACUUCCUUAACAGUAUUUGUUAACGGGCCGUAUAGAGUCAGUAAAUCUGUAGACUAUUACGAAUAUAUCUUGGUAAUUGCGACCGAUUUCGGUAUAGUAGGUAUUAUAUCUUAUCUUAAAAAGCUCCUGUACGGUGCCCCUGGACCCGAUAUUUCUGAUGAUGACCUUGUUAAUUGGGAUACCUGGCUCACACCAGAGGCACUCUACGAUAAAAAAUAUCUGGCUACUUCACAAUACAGCUUUAUCAAUAUAGGAGACUGUACUGAGCAAGUCCCUCUGCUAUUAGAUAGGAGCUUACAGUUGAUACAGUCCACAGACAGUAACAAAGAGAUAAUAACAAUAGGUCUCCAAACUUUAAGUCUAGGCGUAUAUACCUUUGCGAAACGUGGAAACACAGAAAUCCAACCUAUCGUGAUUAACGAAAAAGAAUAA